AUGGAGCAGGAGAUACGAGAAUUGGAACAUCAGCAUGUAGAGCUAUACCGAGAACUACUCAAAGCUCUUGAUAGGCUUUAUCUUUUACGUAAGGGCAUCAAGCCACUUGAUGAAUCUCUUCUGGCGAUCCGCCACCAGCUGCAGACAUCUCUCGCCAUGACCGUCCCCACAAUCAAGACAAUAACCGAUGCCAACAACCCAAAUGACCUCGAGAAACGGCUUUUGGAGAUGAUGCAAGAAAACUACGAGCUGGACCAAGAGGUGGUGAGCUUGCAAGAUAAGAAUCUGCAACUUGUGAAAGAGUUCAGCUUACUCAGGGCAAAUUAUAAGCGGAUGCGACCAGAAAUCCGAGAACUGGUCGAAACAAUUCGCCUGAGGUCACUAGAAGCACAGAGCCCAAGUUCAAGCCAACCAGCUCAGAAUAUUAGUUCCGAAGAAGAGGACGCGUUGCGACAAGAAAACGAAAAACUCACUGAGAUUAUUGGAGCGCUCAUAAUUCAUAGUGGCUAUCAGGGCACAGAUUCUGUUAUUAACAAAUGGCUUGAGUACCUUUGA